UGCCUUGUUACUCUGGUAGGAUAUUGCUUCAGACCUGCGGACCAAGAGGUCAGUGAUCGCUGAGACGGAGCAGAGCCUGCGCCUGGCCAAAGGCAGCUGUGACACCAUGGCAACUAAAUUCCAAGAGCACUGCCCCGACAUCGAGAGGCAGGAGGCGGACGUCCAGAAGCUCAACAAGCGGUUCAACAACCUCAAUAGGCAGACCGACACCAGGUCUCAGAGCUUGCAAAGAGCCAAGAUGUCUUACAGCAAUUACCGCAAUGAUUAUGACAAUCUGAACAACUGGCUGUCUCGUGUCCCAAACUACGAGCCCAAUGAAACUGAUGACCCGAGACAAGUGGAGACCAAGCUGAAGAAUCAGAGGAACUUGCUCUCUGAUAUUGCCAGAAAAGAGUCUGAAUUGAACAACGUGUCAAAAAAUGCCCAGCUCUACCAACAAGCUGUCAAAGACUACGAGAAUGAAACUGAGAAGUUCAGAUCCAUCCUUGACCUUGAGGAUGGACUUGUUCCUCAGACAUACAAGAGGAACAGACUAGAAUCACCUGCACUGAUAGUCAAGGCAGAGGAAGCUGCUAUUGAGGCCAAGUUCACUGAGGUGAAUGCUGUGAACAAGCAAAGGCUUCAGAGUCUAGAAUUCACUCAAAGUCUUCUCAACCAGCAACCUGAGAUCUCUAUGAUCCAGGCUACAAAUGUCAAGUCAGUAAAUUCUUCUGUCUCGGGAGAAGAGCCAUGGAGAAUCAAGAAGCAGCUGGAUGAUGAGGUCCAGAGGAGGGAGCAGCUAGAGAGAGAAAUUGAAACUAUACAGACUGACAUCUAUGUCCUUGAAGGACAGAGGCCCCAAGACACAAUUGUCAAGAAGGAGCUUAUCAAAAAGGUUCCUGACCCCCAGCUUGAUGAGGAAGUCCAUAAGGUCCAGCAGAAACUCUCAGAGGAGCGCCGCACUACCCAUGUCAUGGAGAAUGACCUUGAGGUACUGAAGCUGAAGCUGCGUGGCCUUGAUACAGAACUCAAAGAAGGGGCACAGCAAUACACUGUCAAGGAGGUCCUGCGUAUUGAGAGAGAUCGUGGUCAGGAGGAGGAGAUGCGCAAGCUUCGAGAGGAACUGGAUGAGCUAAGAAGGAACAAGUUGAUGAAGGACAAUGAGCUGAUUCUGAUUCAAAAGCAGGUGACACUCCUGGCUGAGGAAAAGAACAAGGAACAGGAGGUCAUCACUGAAGAGGAGGUGAUCAAAGUCCAAAAUGAUCCUCAGCUUGAAACAGAGUACCGAGUGCUAUUGGACAGGAAGCAGAAGGCAAUAGAUGGCAGGAAGCAGCUGGAGGAUGAACUUCAGUUUCUUCAGGAGAAGCUCAGAAGGAUGGAGAAAGAGAAAUCAAUGGCAGAGGAAAAGAUUUCCAUCAAAGAGGUUCUGAAAGUAGAGAAAGAUGUCGUCUUUGAAAGAGAGGUAGAAAACCUCCGAAAGCAGUAUGAAGAUGAGAAGGCCAAACGAAGAUCAUCACAGCGCGAAAAGACUGACUUGCAGAGGAAAAUUACCAGCCUAGAGGAGGAGAAGUCUAAGGUUGUUAUUCAGGAGAAGAUGCGGGAGAUCGUCCGCCCAGAUCCCAAGGCUGAGAAUGAGGUGGCCAAUCUGCGGCUUGAACUUGUAGAGCAGCAGAGGCGCUACAGGGAUUCAGAGCUCCAGAUCAGAACCCUGCAGGAUGAGCAUACCACGCUGAGGAACCGAGGACCUCAAGUGGAGAUCAAAGAGAUCAUUAAAGAAGUCAUCAAAUACAAGACGGACCCGCAGACUGAACGGGAACUGGAGAGACUUCGCAAUGAAAUUGUAGAUAAAACCCACCAGACUGAGAAAUCUGAGAUGGAAAUCCGCCAACUUCGUGAUGAAAUUCAAAGAUGGAAGGACACCAAACCUCAAGUCCAGACCAAAGAGGUGGUCAAUGAAGUGCUGCAGUACAGAGAAGACCCUAAGACUAAGGAGGAAAUUGAGACUCUCAAAAGGAAACUAGCUGAUGAACAGAAGAAACGCCUUGACCUUGAGGGAGAACGAUCAGUUCAAGAAGAGAAGAUCAGACUGAGGAAAAUUGAUCUGUCUCAAGUCCGUGAAAAGGUUGUUCAGCAAGAAGUGGUCAAGAUGGAAGAAGAUCCUAUCCUCAGAUCAGAGUGUGACACCUUCUUACAAAAUAUCAACAAUGAGCAGAAACAAAAGGACAGCCUGAAAACUGAGCUCUACCAACUGCAGAGACAAAAGGCUGAUCUGGAUCUGCAACUGGAAGAGCUGGAACGUGAGCGUAGGGCAAGGCGCGAUGCAGAAUUGGAGAUCCAAAGACUUCGUGUCACACUUAAUGAGCUCGAGAUCCGCGACAAAGAGAACCGUGAGAAGGUGACUGUCAAACAGAAGGUAGUCUUGCAGCAGGAUCCCCAACAGGAGAAAGAACACUCCAUCCUCAGACUACAGCUUGAUGAAGAGAAGCACAAACGCACUCUGCUUGAGAAAGAGCUGAAUGUCCUCAUCCAGCAGCAGAUCACCCUGGAGAAGAUGGAUGUGAAAGAAAGAGUUGUUCGCACCGAGAAAGUUCAAGUAGAAAGGGACCCAGAGGCUGAGAUUGAGAUUGAGAAACUAAAGAAGACUCUGGAAGAAGAGAAAAGAAGAAGGAGAGAACUCGAUCAGGAGUUUACCACCCUCACUUCUAGGUUCUCCGAUAUGGAGUUCUCAAGCACCAAAUCUUCGAAAGAACUGCACUACAUCCGUGACGAAAGCAGUCGUCUGCAACAAGAAAACCAAAGGCUCCAGAAUGAGAUCCGCAAGAUUCGCUCAGAGAUCGAUAUCACCAGCAAAGAGACUAGGCUUAUCACAGAGUCUGCACCAAGGGAUGAUGGAAAGAACCUGGAGUUGAGGCUUGAUUCACUACAGAGAGAACUAGCAGAGCUCCGAGGCAUUACCACACAGAAGGAUGAGGAGGUUGAAAGGCUUCAGAAGAACCUGGUGGCAGUGAGACAGAAGAAGGAACAGAGGGAGAGCCAUCUCCGUAGGUCUAUCGUUAUCAUUGACCCCGACUCAGGCAAAGAGAUGAGACCAGAGGAGGCCUACAAACUAGGGCUGAUUGACUGGAAGAUGUUUGUCAACCUGCAGAGCCAGGAGUGUGACUGGGAGGAGAUAUCAGUCAAGGGCCCCAAAGGAGAAUCCUCGGUUCUGCACGACAGAAAAUCAGGGAAAAAGUUCUCCAUCGAUGAUGCGUUGCGUCUCGGGCAUAUCACAAAUCGCCAGCUUCAGCAGUACAUUAACAAAGAAAUUACCAUCCAGGAGUUUGGUGUUAUGGUAUCGGGCAAGACCAUGUGAAUGCAAACAUGAAAAGAUUUCCUCAGCGUCAUCUCUGUUUGAACCAUCUCCUUGUUUUUUUUGUAUUUUACUUCCCAUUGGCAUUACUUUAUCUAUGAUUACUCAAUAAAUGUAUUUAUUUUCUAAUGCAUAUAUAAUGUUGUGGUACUGGAAUAAAUAUAAGGAUUGAUAUAACUAUACUGACUUCAUAACAUUUUGGAUUUGCUCAGCUGGGUUUAGAUGUAUUACACUGGGUACUAUGGUAAAAAACACAACUUUGCAUAUCAGGAUUAAAUAAUGCCAUUGAAAUGUGCAUGGGUACUAAAUGUUUCAUUUAUUCGUGGGGUUUUCCAUGGUCUACUGUAUUUGCUGUGUGAUCUGUAAGCUUCAAUAAAGUCAAAUCAAACAGUAUGGA